AUGCACCCGCACCGAAGCGUGCGAAUCGCACGUACCAAAAUACAACAGAUACUUCUUCUUCUCCCUGCACGCGCGGGGGUCAAGGACAUUGAUGUCUAUAUAACUUUUUACGACUCUCUCUCUCACACACACCUUACCCUAUCCAUCACUCUCUUUACGUCUCUUCCUGCUCGGAUCUUCCUUUUUCAGCAGAUUUUGUUACUGGGGUUUGCAAAUUAUCGUGUUUGGGAUUUGGAUUGGAUUUUCAAGAUUGUUGUCAGUCGAUUUUCUGUUCUCGAAUAUUCAAACAGCUAA